AUUACUAUGUGUGGAAAAUGGAAAUACAAAAGUGAAAAUGUUAUUUGUGAUAAUGAGAAUUUAAUAAGAAAUUAACACCUCCUAUGUAAUUAGUUAAUGUUCUUUCUAUAGAAUAUUUAAUGAUGCUAGCGCUUCUAUACUACACCAUUUACGGUACCGCGGUUUGAAUUUAGACACCCCACUCUAGAUAAGAACUUAUGACAAUUGUGGAUAUAAAAUCAUAUAAAAACAAUACUUUGUAUUGUUUGUUCAUUUGUAUUUGAAAACCCAUAUAGUUCACUUACGCCGUAAACAUUUACGAAAUAUUGGAAAUAUUUCAUUGUCUUCAUAUUAAUUUCAAAAUGGCUGCUGAAAGAUAUUUAAUGAAACUUGAAGCCUGCCCUUUAUUACGAGUAUUAGAUAAAGUAGAGCGAACUCCUCCCCCAGAAGUAUCGAAUUUUUAUUGGAAAAAUGAUGACGAAGAAAAAUAUAAGGUUUUCAUUCCCACUCCAAAUCGAUACGUUUAUUAUAAUCUAGAAGAAUAUAACGGAGACAUAGAAAUCGGUAUAAUCGACCAAUACGGAUGGUUUUUUGCGAAAAAAUGCGUACUGUUAGCUCUUACGAAUGAAUCCCCUGAAGAUAAACCAUUUAUUAAUAAGAUGGAGUAUUUGAUUGCCAAUUUGAGUGAAUGGGAAAAAAUUAAUACAAAUUCCUUGGUAAACGUUGGAAGUGAUGUGAAGCAUAUCAAUAAAAAUCUAUAUAAACACUAUAGACUUACUAAGUACUUGGUGAAGGAUAUUAUAAACGUUCCAAUGGUUUUAAGAGGGAGACAUGCAGUAUUCAAAGGUGAUAUAACAAUACACCCCGAUCAAGAUGAGGCAAAUGCAAUCCACGAGAUGAACAUUGGAUUCGAAUUAGCGAUAGAACGUUUUGCCACAGACCAAAAUUAUGGAGUUCAUGCUUAUGGUAGGUAGUACAAUACAAAAAUACUGAGCAUAUAAAUGCGGAAUAUCCAAAUAUAUGCAUAAUACCAUUAUAAUAACAUAAAAAAUAACCAUUUUAGUAAAUUCUAUAUCAAAUGUAUACAUAACCUUGCACGGUUAUCUCCACGGAAACAAAGGGCACCUAUAUUCUAUAAAUAUUAUAAUCUAUAUAUCAUUACCUAACCUUACUACAUAUUACCUACUACAAAAUAUAUACUCAUUUUAUAUUCAUAAAAAUGUAUGCCAAUUGUACGGUACCUAAA